AUGGCGAGGGGUGUGUUGCAGUGGUUUUCUGUUCUCCUAAUCGGUGCGGCACUAGCACAGCCGGUCCCGGAUCCUCAAUACCCAUGUGAUCCCUGCGCGGACCCAUGCGACCCAUGCCCCGAACCAGAACCAGACCCAUGUGAUCCUUGCCCGCCACCAUGCCCAGACCCUUGCGACCCAUGCCCUCAGCCAUGCGAGCCAUGCCAGGAACAAGGUGUCGUGCAGAUCAAGCCGUGCAACCCUAAUGGGCCUGACGUGAAUUAUGUCUAUGGUCGUGCACCGUAUGGCUCAGUGCUAGUAAAACCGGGGCAAAUACGUUUCCCCCCGACCAGCACCGAUUGUGUGCAACCACCAACACCGGCACCGAUAUACGUCAAGCCACAACGAGUGCAUCCACCGACGCCCGCACCCAUUACUGUGAGACCUGCCCCCGUUUUCCCCCCAAGACCAAGACCCAUUCUUGUAAGACCCCCACCGGUUGUGCCUCCUAGGAUACCACCGAUCAGAGUACAACCACAAAAGGUCUGCCCACCAACACCACCCGCUCUCGUGGUCCAACCACCAAAACUAAUCGUCCCACAACCCCCAAUCAUCUGUUUUAAGCCAAACCCAACAAUUCCAGUGCGAACAUGUGGUUGUGCACGCGUAAGCCUAUACAAUCCAUGCCCACCACCACCUCCACCAUGCGAUCCACCACUCCCACCAUGCCCCUGCCUUUUAUAG